CAUAUUUAAAAAACAAAAUGGCCGGCAUUACGUGUCCUAACCAUCAAUAAAUUGAAAGUAUUCAAUUUAAUGAAAUUAUUAUCAAAUAAAAAUUUUUUUUAAUAGAAUAAUAAGUAAUUUAUAAAAAAAUUACUAUGACCGUACCAGCUGUUUUUAUGGAUCUGCCACCUGAAGAUCAGGCACAGGAGUUGAGAAUUUAUUUUAAAAGUCUCGGAGCUGAAAUAAGUGAAGAAAAAUCACCACGUGGAAUUGAAGAUGAUUUACACAAAAUAAUUGGAGUUUGCGACAUUUGUUUCAAGGAGUCUAAUGAAAUUGAUAUUGAGAAUACACUGAAUGAUAUUGUGUCAAUUUUAAUCCAUAUACCAGUUGAACGUGCUGAGAAUUUAAUUCUUGUAUUUUGUGACAAAUUAAAAAAAGCUCCUGGACAAAAACUUGGUUUAGUUUGUCUCAAAGCACUAUGGCUGCUCUUUCAAUCGCUUGAAGAAAAGUCACCGAUGAGAUACCACGUGUACUAUCACUUAGUUCAAGUCGCACGCAAUGUCGGUCAAGUGCACGCAGUAUUCAGCGGAGUCGAGCAAUUAAAAGAACAAUUCAAAGCUUUCCCGCCAAAUAACGAGCAGAUGCAAAAAUUGCUUCGUCUUCUCCACGAGAUUCUCCUCAGCUGCAAGCAGGGUGACCAGGCAGCCGCAGUAAUGGUCGAGUUACUCGGUACUUAUACUGCUGAGAAUGCCAGCGAGGCUCGUGAAGAUGCUCAGCAUUGCAUUCAAGCGGCUCUUGCUGACCCCAACACAUUUUUACUUGACCCGCUUCUGGCAUUGAAGCCCGUAAGAUUUUUGGAAGGAGAAUUAAUUCAUGAUUUGCUUUAUAUUUUUGUGAGAGAAAAGUUACCUGCUUACCAGAGCUUCUACAAGGAUCACAAAGACUUUGUUGAACAUACUGUUGGGCUAAAUCACGAACAGAAUAUGAAAAAAAUGCGCUUAUUAACAUUUAUGCAGUUGGCUGAAACAAACCCAGAAAUGUCUUUUGAAACAAUUCAGAGUGAAUUGCAAAUUGAAGAGAACGAUGUCGAGAGUUUCAUUAUCGACGUAUUGAAAACAAAACUAGUACGCGCACGUAUGGAUCAAGCAAAUCGCAAAGUUUUGAUAUCUAGUACAAUGCAUCGUACUUUCGGACGCCCACAGUGGAUGCAAUUGCGUGAUUUGUUAUCCGCAUGGAAGACAAACUUGACCAGCGUCCAAGAAGGAAUGAAGUCUGUCGCCAGUGCACAAAUUGAACUCGCAUCUAAAGCUCAGUCAGCUGUUGCACAUUAAUUAAUCCAGCGCGAUUUAUCUCGACACCUGACAUCCGUCAUCCACAAUUUAAAUCCAACUAUUUUUAUGAGUGUGUAUGUAGCACAUCAAAUUUAAAAUUAUUAAUCAAUAGAGUAAAUAAUUAAUAAAAUAAAAUUUUAAAAAAUGGGCAAUUAAAAAAAUUUUUAAAUUAAUGAGUGCUUUUUUUUUUAAUUAUAUUUUUUUAAUUAUUUACUCUAUUUAUUUAUAAUUUUAAAUUUGUCUGAUGUCUGCUACAUUUACGGUCAUAUUUUUUUUUUUUAAAUUGUAAUCAACUACUUGA